AUGUGGUGUUUUUGGGCCGCACACUGUCCCACGGCUCCUCCAGAGGUCACUGUAGAGUCCUCAGAGCUUCCUGUUGUAGACAAGAUGGAUGAACCUGAGUCCCCUGUGUUUCCUGCCACACCUCAAUGGUCUCCAGCUCCGUCCUGGUUCUCAUCGCCACCAGUCCUGUUCUUUGCCAGAUCCUCCCUGGUAUCUUGCUCCGCCUGCUCCUUCCUGGUCUGUGGCUCUGCCGGCUCCUCUAUGGUCUCUGGCUCCGCUGGCUCCUCCCUGGUCUCUGGCUCUGCCGGCUCCUCCCUGGUCUCUCACUCCACCGGCUCCUCCUUGGUCUCUGGCUCCGCUGGCUCCUCCCUGGUCUCUGGCUCCGCCUGUUCCUUCCUGGUCUCUGGCUCCGCCGGCUCCUCCAUGGUCUCUGGCUCCACCGGCUCCUCCAUGGUCUCUGGUUCCACCGGCUCCUCCAUGGUCUCUGGUUCCGCCGGCUCCUCCCUGGUCUCUGGCUCCGGCAGCUCCUUCCUGGUCUUUGGCCCCGUCAGCUCCUUACUGGUCUCAGGUUUCGCCAGCUCCUCCAUGGUCUCUGGCUUCGCCGGCUCCUCCCUGGCCUCUGGCUCCGCCAGCUCCUCCCUGGCCUCUGACUCCGCCGGCUCCUCCCUGGUCUUUGGCUCCGCCGGCUCCUUCCUGGUCUCUGGCUCCGCCGGUUCCUCCAUGGUCUCUGGCUCCGCCGGCUCCUCCCUGGUCUCUGGCUCCGCCGGCUCCUUCCUGGUCUCUGGCCCCGUCGGCUCCUUACUGGUCUCAGGUUUCGCCGGCUCCUCCAUGGUCUCUGGCUUCGCCGGCUCCUCCCUGGCCUCUGGCUCCGCCAGCUCCUCCCUGGCCUCUGACUCCGCCGGCUCCUCCCUGGUCUUUGGCUCCGCCGGCUCCUCCCUGGUCUCUGGCUCCGCCGGCUCCUCCCUGGUCUCUGGCUCUGCCGGCUCCUCUCUGCCGGCACCGCCCUGGCUCCCUGCCCUGUCAGCUCCGCCCUAGCUCCCUGCCCAACCGGCUCUGCCUUGAUUUCCAGGCUCUCUUCCUCUUCACAGGCCUAAUCCCCUACCCUUUUCCUUCUAAAUGCUUUAAAAAUAUAUUUAGCAAAAUAUACAAAAAUGGCCCAAAAAUAUAUUGGGAGAAAAUAUAUUUAUGUUAAUACAUUCCAGCAUAUUUUAUAUUAAAUACAUUUUGCAAAAAUACGUUGGGGCCAUUGUGAGAAAUAUAGAAAACGCAUGAGAAAAAGGUGUAAACAGUAUAGUAUAAACAGCUAAUUUUUAUUGUAUUUGUUGUAUAUUGAUAUUCAUUUUGGUUUCUUUAUUUCUUUUAGAAUCCUUACUGAUAUCUGGAACAUCACAAACUUUUACUGGUGAAUGAUUAUGUAAACAAAACAUGCUUCCUUAUUGGUACACUUGCACUUUGCCCUCUUUUAUUUUAAACAUAUUUUAUAAUUUCUAAGAAUGUGUGGCCCUUAAAAUUUGACUGAUAAGUAUUCAAUUACACUGAAGAUAAACUCUUCAGCCAAUCCUUCUUCAAGUGUUGUAAAACCAAUAUCUAUCACUGCGACUAGAGGUUGAAUAAACUCUGUGCUUUAUGCACUGUUAAUCUCAGACAUAAUGAAAACAUACAACAAAAACAUAAGUAUAUUUAAGUUUUUUACUAUAACCGUAUAUAUGUCUGAUUACCUGAGUAAUAUAAAAUUUGAACCAAUCUUGUUUCGUUAGACAGAAUGAACAAAAGAACCACAGAAGUAUGUUCCUACUUUCAGUAUUAUUCCUCACAUGUGUUUAAGAGUACAGAGAGGAAGAUGAAUGCAUCUGCUUAAGUAUUAGACGAUAAUGUCUGCUUUGCAGCUGAACUUCCUCAUUCACAUAUGAAUCACUUUUUACUUCCUCCUCUGAAUGAUUGUGUGUUUUCAGACCUGUCUUGCUCCCAUUGACUCUCAUACUUCCCUCAGGAGGGAAACUCCCACUUCCCAUAGAUUUCAUGUUUUAAUGAAAUACUCAAACCAGAAUGGCAGUUUUGCAUUUUAGAGGCCUGUGCAAACUUGAUUUUUUUCUGUUUGUAAGGGGUUGGGAAUUUCUCAUAGGUCAUGUGCUUUAUAAACUUUGUGCAGUUGCAAAAUCUCUCAUCUCAUGGCAGCAGGUCAUAAAGAGUUGCAUCGGGCAAAGCUUUGUUUCACGUUAAUUGGUAUGCAAGUCCAUAAUACAGUGUGGUAUAUGUAAGGAAUACUUAACGACGGGCUGUUAAAUUAUUUGAAAAUAAUGCGCACCCAAGGUGGU